AUGGAGCUGGCCGAGCGGUUCCUGCUGGACGCGCUCGCCUACCUGGAAUGCGCCCUGGGCGUCGUGUGCUACGUGCUGCUGAAGCUGGUGGGCUCGCCCUACGGGCGCUACGCGUCGCCCGGCUCUGCCUUCGAGCUGCCGGCGCGGGCCGCCUGGGCCGUGCAGGAGCUGCCCUCGUUGGCCCUGCCGCUCCUCGCGUGCGCGGGCGCGCCGGCCGAGCGCCUCAACCGCUGGCCCAACUGCAUCCUCCUGGCCAUGUUCCUCGUCCACUAUGCGCAACGGACCUUGGUUUUCCCAUUUCUGAUCCGAGGAGGGAAGCCCACGCCGUUGUACGCCUUCCUGUUGGCAUUCAUCUUCUGCACCUAUAAUGGCUACCUGCAGAGCAGGUAUCUGAGUCAGUACGCAGUGUACGCGGAUGACUGGCUCAGCGACCCCCGGUUUCUAACAGGUUCUGCCUUAUGGUUGAUAGGCAUGCUGAUUAACAUCCACUCAGAUCAUGUCCUGAGGAACCUCAGGAAACCAGGGGAGACUGGCUAUAAAAUACCAAGAGGGGGCUUGUUUGAAUACAUAUCUGCAGCCAACUACUUCGGAGAAGUCGUGGAGUGGUGCGGCUACGCCCUCGCCAGCUGGUCCAUUCAGGGCUGGGCUUUCGCUGUGUUCACCUUCUGUGUCCUGUUCACCAGGGCUCAGCAACAUCACAAGUGGUACCAUGAGAAAUUUGAAGAUUAUCCAAAAUUCAGAAAAAUCAUGAUUCCGUUUUUGGUUUAAGUUUGUCGUCAGUGGAAUUAUCUUUGACUUGAAGCUUUUCGAUGAUGUUUCUCUCGGGACCAUGUAAAUGAACUGACGUCUCUGUAAUUUUUCUGGUACUUCAUCUGUUUUAAGAUUUGCUCUAGGGUUUUUUUUCCCUAGCAGAUGUGUAAGCUGCCUAAUAACAGUCUAAUCAAGCUGAAAUCACAGACUGAAGUAUGACGCUGCCCACCAACCAGGUCAGGAAUCUGAACUCCUCUGAUUUGGGGUCUGCUUCCAUGGAGUGGGGCUUGGUGGCACAAAUGGGAAAGAAUCCGCCUGCAGGGCAGGAGACCUGGGUUCCGUCCCUGGGUUGGGAACAUCCCCUGGCAAGGGCAUGGCGGCUACGGCCGUUAAGUCACUUCAGUCGUGUCCAACUCUGUGCGACCCCAGAGACGGCAGCCCACUAGGCUCCCCCGUCCCUGGGAUUCUCCAGGCAGGAACACUGGAGUGGGUUGCCAUUUCCUUCUCCAAUGCAUGAAAGUGAAAGUGAAGUCACUCAGUCGUGUCCGACCCUCAGCAACCCCAUGGACUGCAGCUUUCCAGGCUCCUCUGCCCAUGGGAUUUUCCAGGCAAGAGUACUGGAGUGGGGUGCCAUUGCCUUCUCCCAAGGGCAUGGCAACCCACUCCAAUAUUCUUGCCUGGAGAAGCUUAUGGACAGAGGAGCCUGGAGGGCUACGGUCCAUGGGGUUGCAGAAAGUCGGACGUGACUGAGCAACUGAUACUUUCACUUUUCACUUUCACUUUCCAUGAACUGAAACAUUUCUGUACCCCUUACACAACCUACAGCAUGAGUUUAAGGUCAAAGGUGACAUCCCCCUCCCCUGACCGGAGACAUGUUCUAUCUUCAUGUCCCUCAUCCCGCCAGGUCAGUUGUGGGUACUCACGGUGUACCCACAGCCUCUCACAAUUGGGUGCUGGGCGGGCAGAGAAGUUGGGCCUGGAGAGGCCCAGUGGAGGCUGGUACCAAAGGCCUCCGGCACCUGCUCCGGCCUGGUCCACCAGGUGACCUCUCUGGGAGGCAGGGGGCCAGGCUCCAGCCUGGUCCACCAGGUGACCUCGCUGGGAGGCAGGGGGCCAGGGGCAUUCUUCAGGAGCAGGCCACUGUAUCCCCCCCAGGAGGACUUCUGGUGGCCCUCGGCUGGGGGCAUGAAGGUACCUGGGCCAGCCCUCCCGUCGCGUCCCUCAGCAGGCGCUAAUGGCCUGGGAUGGCUUUCCUUCCUCCUUUGAGGGAGAAUUAGAAUUUUUUCAGGAACUUUUUUUUUUUUAAGUACUUCUCAAGAUUGCACACCUGCAACUUGAAGCAGAAUUUCUUAUUCUCAAUGCUCCUAACUCUACAGAGAUCAGUGGCAGUAAUAACGUUGACUAGGUGUUGCCAGAUAUGUCACAGGAGCCUCCCCUUUGGAAGGCUGCUGAGUCUCUGCUGUGAAAAUGUAAUGAACAUGGCGAAGACCCCCUCCUCUCCUCUGUUGCUUCUGCAUUUGCAGAGCUGGGAACUGGAACAGGGGUGAGUGGAGAGAGUUCCUCUUCGCUUACGAUUGCUGACCGUGCUGAGUGAUGGGACUCCAAGACGCACGACAUGGUGUCUUAAGCAUUCUUCAGCUGCUGCCUCCUGGCAGGAAGCACGCCCUCUGGCCCCUACUCUCCGGGUCCCUGGGCACCCCAUCGGGUCAGCACCCCUCUCCCCUUCUCCUGGCUCACCUUCCCCACUAGGGGCUCCCUCCCCAUGAGUGUUCAUGUAGAAACUGUAUUCUUGGUGUUAGCAGUUUGUUACAGUCUCUUGGGGUUUUCGAAAAGCUUUUCCUGAUGUGGUUGUCCUUCAUUUUAACUAAAACUGGAAUGCUUUUGCAGGGAACUUUUAUGAUCAGAUAAAAUCUGUGCUUCAUUCUAACUAAAACUGGAAUACUCUUGCAGGGAAACUUUAUGAUCAAAUAAACUUUGAACCUUUUUCUGACUGAAUAACCACUUGACACUAUGAAAUCGUAAAUAUUUAGAGUGUCGUCUGGAAAACUCAGAAAUCUGAGCAAGCCUUCACUGAUUUGGGCCCUGGGUCCUGGAAGGAAUACCUGGCCAACAAGAGGCUUGUCUGAAAGGCAGAGAGGCCUGCUGGGGAUUCUGCAUCUGUUGGCGUUUUUUUGAGUGAUCCAGAAUUUGGAGUUCAGUGGGGAUUUCACGCACAGUCCCUGCUUCACUGGCAUGCACUGUUUGACACAGGAAGAGAUCUCGGUCUGUCUCGUCUGCCUGUCUUCCAAUUACUAGACACUGUAACGUAGCAAAUUAUGACAUUAUUGUGUU